CCCUCACAGCCCGGCUCCGGUGUCUCCGUGCCCGCAGCGGCUCGGGCAGCGCCGGUUGGAUCCCGCCCAGCCGCGAUGUGCCCGCCCCAGCCCGAGCCGUGCCCCAGCCCCGCCAGCCUCCAGCCGAGCCCCGGGCCGGGCAGCGCCUGCCGGAGCCAGCGGCGAUGCCGUGUGGGCACCUGAGCUGCCCUCCCUCGCCAUCCGCCAGCACCGGAGCGAUCUGGAACAAUUCCAGUUUUUUCUCAGCACCUUCGCUAUUCUAUUGUUGCCUGGCUUUUUGAGAGCACGAGUUCUGGCCACCACGGCUGCUGCCGCCACUGGGAUAUUUCUUCAUCAGAUGCCACAAAAGAGAGUCUAGGAAAACAAAGAAACUUGAGAUGUGGAGCUGACAGUUCUGGUUUCAGCUGGUGAAAACUUGCAGAAUCAGUGAGAAGGCAAAGAAAAAAAUGCCCAGGACGAUGUCGGUAACUGCUGGUAAUUUGUCACUCAAUGGGACGAGCUUCUUCACCGAGAACCGCAGCGUUAUGGACAAACCCAGCGAGCAGAGAACUUGGAACGUCUUUCUGUUCUGCUUGACUUUUGCCAUUGCACUCCCAGCCCUUCUGGGCAGCAUUUAUUCACUGGUUUCCCUGCUGAAACUGCAGCACAAAACCACGGUCUCGAUGAUUGUGACCUCUUUGGCAGCAGACGAUCUGAUCAGCAUCGUGCCACUCAUUAUUUUCCUGCUCACACAGUGGUCAAGCCAAGCCCUCCCCCCGCCUCUGUGCACCACCUCAGCGUUUAUCUAUUUAUUCCAGGGCAUUUCUAGCAACCUGAAAGGGUCUCUUAUAGUUUCUUACAACUUCUACACCUUCAGCACGGCCGGGACACGGAGCUGCAGCUCCUCCGAGCGCCGUGUCAGCGUGCUGUGGGCCAUCCUCACCGUCUGGACCGUCAGCUUGCUGCUGUGCAUUUUGCCCCUCUGUGGCUGGGGCCGCUACAUCCCCACGUCCUGGGGCUGCUCCGCCGACUGUGCCAGCUCCUACGUGCUGCUGCUGUUCCUCGUGUACUCGCUGUGCUUCUCGCUGCUGGCCGUGCUGGCCGUGCCGCUCGCCCUGCGGCUGCUGUGCUCAGGUGAGCCCCAGCAUCUCCAUCCCGAGCUCCUGCAGGGCUCCGGAGCCCUCAGCAUCCCCGGGACACCCUGGGGCUGCGGGGCUGCUGCCCCUCCGCCGCCACUGCUGGAGCCUGGGGACAAAACCCUGCAGCCUUUCCGAAACUCUGAAGCGGUUUUUGGGAAGGGCGCGGCUGAGAGCAGCGCACAGAGCAGGAGCUUCGCGGUGGGCAUUGCCCAGAAACGAUUCUCGCUGAUCCUGGCACUGACCAAAGUCCUUCUCUGGCUCCCCAUGAUGAUACAGAUGGCUGUCCAGUACAUCGCUGGGCUGCAGAGCCUUUUGUUUGAGACACUGAGCUUCCUGCUGACCGUGCUGGCUGCCACAGUCACCCCGGUGUUUGUCCUGUCACAGCACUGGCUGCACCUGCCCUGCGGCUGCAUCAUCAACUGCAGGAGGAGCUCCUAUGCAGUGUCCUCACAGGAUGCCAAGACCAAGCGCGGCGGUUUUGAGUUCAACCUGUCGUUCCAGCAAGGCUAUGGAAUCUACAGGAUAUCCCAGGAGAAGGCUCCCCAGCCCAGCAGGGAUGGGAAAUCCCCAUCCUACCACAGCCUGCAGAGCUCAGACUGCGAGGAGCGGGGCCCUGGCACGGGCAGUGGCACCCGGGUCCCAUCCCUGGCACGGGGACACGGCUCUGGGGACACGCAGAGGGACACAGGGACAGACCCCCCACGCCCCUCUCCUGCUGGGCCAGGGGCCUGCCAGGGCCAGGGGGGCUCGGGCUGUGAGCCAGCAGCGUUCCCUGAAGGGCCAGAGUGGAGGCUGUGCCACGAGGAGAGCCACGCACCAGAGCUGUCCGACUGGGAGUGGUGCCGCAGCAAAUCCGAGAGGAACCCUCGGCAGCGAGCCGCCCUGGCCGUGCCCCUGUGUGCCUUCCAGGGCACCGUGUCCCUGCAGGCCCCCACCGGCAAAACCCUGUCCCUGUCCACCUACGAGGUGAGCUCCGAGGGGCACAGAAUAGCCCCCACGGCCCAGAAAAUCGAGGUGUACCGCUCCAAGAGCGUGGGGCACGAGCCCAGCGCUGGCGAGCCCCGGGAUGCGUUUGCUGACACCAGCGUGAAGAUUCACCUGGAGGUGCUGGAGAUCUGCGACAACCAGGAGGCCCUGGACACCGUGUCCAUCGUCAGCAACAUCAGCCAGUCCUCCACGCACACUCGCUCGCCUUCCCUGCGCUACUCCCGCAAGGAGAACAGGUUUGUGAGCUGCGAGCUGGGGGAAAGCGCGUCCUACUCGCUGCUGAUCCCCUCACACAGCCCCGGCCGUCCCUUCAGCAUCUCCAUCCCCGACACCGUGGAGGCUCACCGGCGGAACAGCCAGCAGCAGCUCCCGCUUCGGGCUGGCUACCAGGAGGAGAUCCAGCUGCUGAACAGAGCCUACAGGGAGCGGGAGCAGCAGGGCAGCAGCUGAAGUUUAUCUGCUCCCACAGAAUUUACCUGGGCAAUGCACUCUCUGCUGCUCCUCUGCCAUCACACACCUUUUAUUUGGUGCACUGUCAGAUCAGUUCAAACUGUUAAUGCUGUCUCAAGGGGAUAACAAAUACUCAAGUGCUUUACAGCUUUCCAUAGUGGAUUUUAAGUUGUUUAUUUAUUUAUAUACCUGUUUAUUUGAGGAACACGUGUGUCUAAAGGGAAUCCUAAAUAAAGUGUUAAACCCCG